UUGGAAGUGUUACGGAUCGGGCAAUAUUUUGCAUUGUCAAUAGCACAUAUUUGUGAUUUUUGUCAUUCGUUGUUAGUGCUUGCUUAGUAAAUUGUGCCAGUUGUAUGAAAUUGCUAAACAAAAAAUGAAACGGAAAUUGUAACGUGCCUUAUUGAAAUUAAUAGAAAUAACAAAUAUCAGUAAUAAUGAAUUGCACAACCUGAUCGGAUAUAUGGUGCAUACAUGUAUAUACAUAAUAUGACUUGCCGAAGUCAGUAGCUUGGUGGCUCAGUGGUGCAGUGGCUCAGCAGUUUGCAUGAGCAUUUGGCGUGUCCGUUUCGAGUGGUUCUGAAGAAAAGUGAAUGAAGUCGAAUGAAAUUCGAUAGCGAGUGGUGCGAGCGAAAAAUAAAAAGCGAGUACGCUGCGAGUUAUUAUUCGUGAGUGCCUUAUACAUGGACAUACAUAGGUACUCACUUAUCGGUGUCCAUGAAAUUAUAGAGCAAUUCGAUAAGAAAUUGUUUCUUUUGCCAAUGGCUCGCUCCACUCGUUGCUAGAGCUCUCAUCUGUGCUGACAAAUGUUAUUGGUGAAUCUACUCUAUUCGAAUAGAACGAAUAAAAUUACCUGCAAAUCAAUCACAUAGCGUCUGAUAUCGAUAUCUAAUCGAAAGGCAUAAACCUAAUACUGGCCCCAACAACAACGUCAAUAUCGUCAACAAUAAUAAUAAUAAUAAUAACAAUCACAAAUAACAAAAGAUGUGUGCGAUAAAUAUGGUAAAAUAGUAGCUGCCACUAACUAACCGCAACAGCAACUGUAAACAAUAGCAACUAUCUGCCCAUCUGGGGAACGUAAGAAUAACGCCCGGCGUGUGAGGCUCGCACGCAACUGACCUCCUGACCCCACCUGUCCCCCAUCCGGCACACCCACACCUGCUUGAAGAAGAUGGCCUGUUUUCCACGUCUCUUCCAUCACCGGAGUAAAAACAAAUUUACGCCAUCUCAAGAUGAGAACACCGACACGAUACUCAACACACCUGAUAGUCCCGUGCAAAUUGGUCUCUACAUUCGCCGUGAGGAGAAACCACUUUACACCCCCAUUCUAACGCCCAAUGCCAGUGAGGCGCAAUUGCAGCGCCUAAAACAACAGCCCACAGCAUCUGGCUCUGGCUCCGGGUCCAACUCUAGCUCCGUUGGCCAAGUGCUUCAGGGCGUGUCUGAAAAUGUGGCUAACACUGUGUGUGACGAUGCCACCGACAGCUCGGCGAGUCUGCAGCAGCAACAGCCAAAGAAGUUUCGCUCCCAUAAGAAUAGGCUGCAAGCCGAGGAGAAAGAGAAGCAGAAUGAAAAAGGAAAUGGUAAUGGGAAAGUCAAUGGUAGUGCAAUUAAUGUCACACGUACCAAUUCAAAAUUAAAGCCCGUCAAAGAGCGACGACCGACGGCGUUACCCACUGAGGCGCCCAUCGUGGAUGAUGGCGCCCAACGUGAGCAUUCCGAUGAAGAAAUGGAGAAAACGCUGGCUGUUGUUGCUGCUAUGGACGACAAGUCAAAGCUCAGGGUGAAUGUGAAUGGCAUAAUUGAUGAGAGGGGCGACAAUGACACGCUUGUCAACACCUCGUCACCGACUACAUCUACAACAUCGACACCAACAGCACAGACACCAACCACAAAGGCAAAUGUAAAAUUUUUCAUUGGUCAUACACAGGAACUAAAUGCUGAGCAGCACAAUGAUGACACUUUGUCCUGUCACAGCAACGAUGCCAACAACAACAACAGCAGCAACCACAACAAGUUAACAAAUGGCACAUUACCACUGGAUCAACAGGGAUCUGAAUAUGAGCAGCGAUCACCCGCAAAGAGUUACAGCAACGUGUCACUCAAUUAUUUGCGAAGGUCCAAAAACAGCAGCAACAACGGUGGCAACAACACCAGCCAACGACGACGUGUCUCCACCAUGCCCAACAUUAAUAUACCACCGCCUCCGCCGAUGCCCGUCGAGCUGUUGAAGCCCGUGACACCGAUGCAUUUGCGCAAGAAACGAAGUGCGGAACGUCAAAGCGACCGACACAAUGAGCCUCAACAGCAAGAGCAACAGGAGCAACAAACUCCCUCAAUAGACACAAUGCUCCAUGCUCAAAGCAGUCAGGUUGAGUUGGAAGACAGCAAGAAGGGCAGUAGCUCAAUGACGAAGGAGACGACAACGAAACUCCAUCGCGUCGAAGGUGGCCUUAUCUUUGUGAGACCAAAUUUGCCAGUGCAGCAGAAUAUCAAAAUCGAAUUUAAUGCCAAGGAUGAAGACACACGCAAUCUCAUACUCAAUGCCAUCGAACACAACGACUUUCUCAAUAAUCUAAUGGACAAAGAGCGCAAGGAGAUGGUCAUCAAUGCUAUGGCGCCGGCGAGCUACAAGAAGAACAGCUACAUCAUCAACGAGCAUGACGAGGGCUCCGAGAUCUAUGUCUCCGCCGAGGGUUACUAUGAUGUCAUACAAGCUGGCCAGCAUGUGGGCAGCUUUGGACCUGCCACCGUCUUUGGCGAACUAGCAAUACUUUACAAUGCACCCCGCAAAGCCACCAUCAAGGCGGCAACCGAUGCACGGGUUUGGAAGAUUGCGAGAGAAACGUUUCGGGCCAUCAUGCAGAUCUCGGGUUCCAAAGAGCGAGAGGAGAAUUUGCAGUUCCUACGCUCGGCGCCCUUUCUGCAGGAACUGGACGAGAGUCUGCUCAACAAGGUUGUGGAUCUACUGCAACGGAAAUUCUACGAGACUGGCAGCUGCAUUGUACGCGAGGGGGAGGUGGGCAAUGAGUUCUUCAUCAUACGCGGUGGAACGGUGACAAUCAAGAAGAAGGAUGAUGCUGGGCAGGAGCAGGUGGUUGCCAAGCGCAAGCGUGGCGACUAUUUUGGAGAACAGGCCCUGAUGAAUGCGGAUGUGCGACAGGCCAGCGUCUAUGCAAAUGCACCUGGCACAGAGGUGCUCAAGUUGGAGCGAGAAGCCUUCAUAAGUUAUCUGGGCACCAUUAAGCAGCUAAGUGAGAAACCGGACACGAAUGUCAAUUUGAAUGGUCGCUCAAGCAAUAGAAGCGCCGAGUUUGAUAAUGAACACGCACACAUUGCACUCUCGGAUCUGAAAAAAGUGGCGACACUGGGAUCUGGUGCAUUUGGUCGUGUGGAUCUCGUCUCUUAUAGCAAUCAGACAUUUGCGCUAAAGAUCAUUAAAAAGAUCGAAGUGAUCAAGCAGGACCAAAUUGAGCACGUCUACAACGAGAAGAAUGUGAUGAUCAAGUGCCGCAAUUCUCCCUUUAUUGUGCAACUCUAUCGCACAUACCGCAAUGAGAAGUAUGUUUACUUUCUCAUGGAGGCAUGCAUGGGCGGCGAUGUCUGGACUGUGAUGUCGAAGCGACAGCAUUUCGAUGAUAAGACUGCCAAGUUCAUAGCUGGCUGCGUUGUGGAAGCCUUCGACUUUCUGCACUCUCAUCACUUUAUCUACAGGGACUUGAAACCAGAGAACCUGAUGCUCACAAGCGAUGGCUACUGCAAGCUGGUUGACUUUGGCUUUGCCAAGUACGUGCGACCCAAUGAGAAGACAAACACUUUUGCCGGCACACCCGAGUAUGUGGCACCCGAGAUAAUCCUGGAUAGGGGCCACGAUCGGGCCGUUGACUACUGGGCUUUGGGCAUAUUGAUAUUCGAGCUGUUGGUUGGCAAAACGCCCUUCCGCGGCAUCAACCAAAUCAAAAUUUAUCAGAAUAUACUCAGUGGCAUCGAUGUGAUCCACAUGCCCUCGCGAAUACCCAAAUUUGCCCAGCAUCUGAUAAGACAUCUGUGCAAACAGUUGCCCGCCGAGCGACUUGGCUAUCAACGGAAAGGCAUAGCGGAUAUCAAGCGACACAAUUGGUUCGAAAACCUGGACUGGGUGCGACUCAAGCAGAAGCAGCUGCCAUCGCCCAUCAAGAGAUCCCUGAAGAGCUUGACAGAUGUACAAUACUUUAUCCAUUUAGGCGGCGAGAACGAUUACGAGCCACCUGAGGAACUUAGCGGAUGGGACAAGGACUUUUAGUAUUGUGAUUGAGAUAUUGUUGUGUUCUAAGUAAAUGAAAUACUGUAGAGUUCAUUGAGUAGUCGACAAGCGAAUACAUAUGUAUGUCGAAAUAAGUUGUA